CCUGAGAGUUCUUUAUUUAUCUUUUCUCUGAGCAAAUUAUUCACUUGUCUUGCUGCAUUUUAUACAGAAAAACCUUACCAUAAUUCUGUAGAGCACAAGGAAAGAAACAAGCAAUGAGUUCGGAUUAUCCCCACUUCCUCCUUGCAACCUUGCCUUUCCAAAGCCACCUAAACCCAACUUUCCGACUAGCGAGGCGCCUGAUACAGGCCGGUGCACGAGUCACUUUUGCCACCACCAUUAAUGGCCAACGGAAAAUCAAAAGUUUCCCUUCUCUCGAGGGCUUAGCCUAUGCCUCUGUUUCUAACGGAUUCGAUGAUGGAACUUCUCCGUCCGACAAACAGGAGGAUGUUAUGUCCAGAUGCGAGCAUGUUGGGUCACAAACUCUAACCAACCUACUACUGAGCUUGUCUAAUGAUGGCCAUCCGGUAAGCUUCUUGAUAUAUGGUCCCUCGCUGUCUUGGGUCGCUGAUGUGGCACGUGCCAUGUCCAUACCUUCUGCUUUCCUCUGCAUCCAAGCUGCUGCUUUGCUUGCUAUCUACCACCAUUAUCUCAAUAGCCAGACUGGUGCUUAUGAUUCUAAAGUCAAUUGCCCUCCAAGCGUCAUAAAAUUUGAAGGGUUGCCUCCAUUUGGAUGGAAAGACCUUCCUUGUUUUCUCUUACCAAACAGUCCACUCUCUUUUGCCACGACUGCCUUCCAAAAACACAUUCAAAUUCUGGAAGAAGACCCUAAUCCUUGUGUUCUUCUAAACACCUUCGAUGCGCUAGAAGAAUAUGCAAUCAAAGCCCUUGCUCAUAAUUCCAACAUAAACUUGAUCACGAUCGGACCCUUGGUUCCAUCAGACAAAUUCAAUGGCUGUGAGUUGUUUAAGAACUCUAGUCAUGACUGUUAUAUCAAUUGGCUGAAUUCCAAGCCAGAUUAUUCAGUUGUUUACAUUUCCUUCGGUAGCGUGGCAGUAUUCCCCCGGAAUCAAAUGGAAGAAAUUUUUGAUGGAAUGGUCGAAAGUGGCUACACAUUCUUAUGGGUGAUUCGACCAUCAGAAGAUGGAGAAGAAGAAGGAUUCAAGAAUGUGAUAAAGAAUAAGAUGAAGGAAGAACAAGGGCUGAUCGUUCCAUGGUGUUCACAAGUUGAAGUUUUGAAUCACCGGGCGGUAGGUUGUUUUGUGACGCAUUGCGGGUGGAACUCCACUCUGGAGGGCUUGGUUGCAGGCGUGCCAAUGAUUGCAUUGCCUCAGUUUGCAGAUCAGAUGACGAACGCAAAGCUGGUAGACGAGGUAUGGGAAACUGGUGUUCGAGUGAAAGCAAAUGAAGGUGCUGCAGUUGUAGAGAAAGAAGAGAUCAGGAGGUGCUUGGAGAUGGUAAUGGGAAAUGGACAGAUAGGGGAAGAACUGAGAAGGAAUGCUAAGAAGUGGAGAGGAUUGGCUCUCGAGGCCACGAGGGACGGGGGUUCCUCAGCCAAUAAUUUCAAGCUUUUCAUGGAACGCUCUGUAAACUGAAAAAUCAUUGUCAUGAAAAAGUACUGAAUAAUCAUGUUAAUUAAAUAAGUCAUCAUGCUCUGCCUUGUUUUCCUCUUUGCUUGUGGGGAUCAAGUCAACCUGCCACUUUAUAAAUAAAUUACAGCUUCAUCGAAUUAUUGUA